CCGCAUUCAAGAUCCGUUUCCGCCUUCUUGCAAACAAACCCAAGAGGUGAAGCUAUUCAGAACUUAUAGGGGGUAAAGAGCCGCAUCUGAUAAACCUAAAUCUACAUCCAGGACGCGAGGUGGCAAUCGGAUACAGAACACCUGAAAGUCGACGAUCAUGCCUUCCCGGGAAGAAAUCACUUAUUUUGGGGCAGGACCAGCUCUGCUACCGACCGAUGUCUUGAAGACUGCCGCAGAAGCAUUGGUUAACUUUGAGGAUACUGGAUUGGGUCUGGCAGAACAUUCACAUCGGUCGGAACUCGCCACGAACAUCAUCAACACCGCCAAGGCGGACCUGGCCAAGUACAUCGAUAUCCCAGACGAUUAUGAGAUUCUCUUUAUGCAAGGUGGAGGCAGUGGACAGUUCUCAGCAACGGUCUAUAACUUAGUUGGCAUAUGGGUUGAGCGAAGAAGACAAAAGAUCAUAAAAGAGUUGGGUACUGCAGAGGGCGCAGAUGUUCCCCAAGACAAGGUAUUGGAGAGAUUGCGGAAGGCAGUGGAGGAGGAACUAAAAAUCGAUUACCUGGUGACAGGCUCUUGGUCAUUGAAGGCUUCCCAGGAAGCGGCUAGACUAUUAGGCCCAGAACAUGUCAAUGUGGCGGCGGAUGCCAGGAAGGUUAAUGAUGGGAAGUUUGGGAAGAUACCAGAGGAGAAGGAUUGGAAGCUCUCGAAGGACCCAGCAAUGGUCUACUACUGUGAUAAUGAGACCGUGGAUGGUGUUGAGUUUCCUGGCUUCCCGGAAAUACUGAAGCCAAGUGGAGAGGAGGGGCCCAUCGUGGUUGCUGAUAUGUCAUCAAAUAUCCUUUCUCGACGGAUACCAGUCCGAAACUUCUCAGUCAUAUUCUUUGGGGCUCAGAAAAAUCUGGGAAGUGCGGGUAUAACAGUGGUUAUCAUCAAGAAGAAGCUACUGCCUCCUGCUGUCAGCACUCCAGAGCCGGCUCUAUUGAGAAAAUUGGGUUUGCCAGUUGGGCCGAUUGUGUUCUCAUACGAGACCAUUGCGAAGAACAACAGUCUUUAUAAUACCUUGAAUAUCUUCGAUGUCUACAUCGCUGGACAAGUUCUUAAGAAAGCCCUCGCCAGCUUCUCUGACAACGUCACCGGCCAGGAAGCCUUGUCGGACAAGAAAGCGAAGUUAAUUUAUGCCACCCUUGACGCACACCCAGAAUCAUAUAAGGUUGUUCCCGACAAGAGCGUGCGCUCAAGAAUGAACAUUUGCUUCCGAGUGACGCACGGCGACAGCAUUGCGGAUGCUGAAAAGGCCUUCUUGGCUGGGGCAACCAAAAAGGGACUUACGGGACUUAAAGGUCACAGAAGUGUGGGCGGCAUCCGGGCAAGCAACUACAACUCUAUCUCAUUGGAAGGUGCGGAAAAGUUGGCGGCAUAUAUCGAUGAAUUUGCGAAGGGACCCAGAAUAUGAAUUUCCUUGGAUACGAGUUCUGAUUCCUCAUUCUGAAUUAUCACAAAAGUAUUUGUG